AUGGCGCUCAAAUCGAUAGUCGUACUGGCGUGUGUGAUAGUAUUAGCUUCGUCAGCUGUACCAAAGAAGGGUCGUAAGCCAGCCAACCCUCCCUCACGAGUAGCUGAGGACUCGGAGAGAGACGCGGAGAUCACCAGCUCCUGCCCUGAUGAUGGAUUCUUCGCUGACGCUGAACAGUGUGACAAAUACUACGAGUGCAGAAAUGGUCAAAUAAUCGAAAAACUGUGUCCCGACGGUAUGGUCUUCAACGACUACAGUCCCGAAGAGGAAAAGUGUGAUCUGCCGUUCAACAUUGACUGUUCACAGCGACCCAAAUUACAGGAGCCAAUACCCGCUGAGCACUGUGUUCGCCAAAAUGGUUACUUCUCCCACGAGGAUCCGAAGGAGUGUGGAAAGUUCUACUACUGCGUGGACGGCAAGUUCAACGCCAUCACUUGCCCUGAAGGUCUCGUGUAUAAUGACAAGACUGGAAUCUGUACUUGGGCCGACGAGGCAAAGAAGAAGGGCUGUGGUGCUGCUGAUGUUUUCAAAUUCGAGUGUCCCGCUGUGAAUGAGACAUUUGCCCUCACCCACCCUCGGUACGCUGAUCCUGAUGAUUGUCAGUUCUUCUAUGUGUGCAUCAAUGGAAACACACCAAGACGGUCAGGAUGCAAGCUAGGUCAAGCCUUUGACGAUGUUAGCAAGAAAUGCGAAUGGGCCAGGAAGGUUCCUGAAUGUGCCGACUGGUACAAGGGUCAGCUGACAGAUGCUGAGCUCGAUGCCCUAGAGAACCCUCCCACACCCAAACCUAAACCAUCAGGAUCCUCAUCGCGCCGCAAACCAAUGAGACCCAGCAAAGGAAAACAAAUUGAAGAAGAAUAA